CUUUCUGUAAUCCCUGGCCUGUUAUUUUCAGCUUAAUAUACUUAUCCGGCCCUGAAAAUGAGCUGCAAUCACGGGACAUAAAAUCACAGCCCAAACCCCGAGGUCGAAAAAAAAAGAACUGAAUUUACCCAUUUUCGAUUUAAUCGUCGUAAUUCCCGGCGCCGAAUAGGGACAACCCUUGAUCUCCCCCACUUUACCCACUCUGAGACAUAACCGGAACGGGAGGUCGAAAUACGUAUCGAUGGCUCACGAAGGCGAAAAGUGGGGGAGGACUCAACGGUUUAUCAUAGAGUGGGAGUGAUGGCAGAUGGGCAUCAUCCCAUGCUCAUUCAUCCUCUGUCUCACAGAACUUGAUUGUUCAUCUAUAAUAACCUAGGCGUUUCAAGGAUAUUAUACCGCUCCAAGCUUCUCUGCUCGCAACGGCGGUCUGUAUCGAUUCUUACUCCACUGCCGCCUAUAUAUCACGCCUACCCCCCAUCAACAAUACGAUCGUAUUACAAAUCUUGCAAGCCCGAAGCCAGAAGUCUUUCAACGUUCGUCACCUCUCGAGCGAUUGUCACCUUUUACAUUAUCUUUGUCGCUUCACCCGUCGCCUGCCCGCCGAUCAUUCCGAACACUGAAGGGUGGUUUUGGUGGCGCCUGUCUUUUCUUUAGGCCAACUUUUUGCAGAAAAGAGUAGACAACUAGCUUUUUUUCGAUAGCUUCGAACCCCCCACUCUCUCGGUAUCUUGCCAGUAUAAAACGUGGGCGAUCCCGGCAACUUUGACGGCAACCACAUAUAUUCCUACAUAAUACCAACAACAGGCGCUCAACAGCAACACGAUGUCUCUUGUCCAAUCCAGCUCCGAUAUUCUUUUUAUAUCACCCACAGUCAUCUCUGGGGAAGAGUAUGUACAACCAUUUAUCGCCGAUGUCCUCAUCUCCGGAGGCCGUAUCGCCCGUAUUGCCCAACCUGGUACUCUCUCCGACCAACUCGGUGCUGAGGUCCGUAAGGUAGAAGCCACGGGGUAUGUUCUAUGUCCUGGCUUCAUCGAUCUUCACGCACACUCGGACUUGUACCUCCUUACUCAUCCGGACCAUGAAGCCAAGAUCUCUCAAGGCUGUACUACGGAAGUAGUUGGCCAAGAUGGUAUUUCCUACGCUCCAGUGCAGACAAAAGCCCAAAUGAAAGCUAUUCGUGAGCAAAUCACUGGUUGGAACGGCAAUCCGAAUGAGGAAGACCAUCCAGGUGUUGGGCUGUUUGAAUGGAACACUGUGGGAGAGUAUUUGGAUUGCCUUGAGAGGAACAAGACGGCAACCAAUGUCGCUAUGCUCGUGCCUCAAGGCAAUCUGAGACUGCUGGCUUGUGGACCUUGGGAUGAGGUAGCUACAGCAGACGAGAUCACAGUUCAAGAGAAGCUAUUGCGACAGGCUAUGCUUGAAGGCGCAGUUGGCAUGUCAAGCGGUUUAACGUAUACUCCUGGGAUGUACGCUUCAACGUCGGAGCUAGCACGCCUCUGUCGAGUACUUGGCGAAGAAUUCCCCGGGGCUUUCUAUGCUCCUCAUCACCGAAGCUAUGGGUUCAAAGCGCUUGAGAGCUACGCUGAGAUGCUCGGUCUUGGUCGAGAUACUGGUUGUCCCAUACAUCUCACUCACGCUACUCUCAACUUUUCUGAGAACAAGGGUAAAGCCCCCUUGCUCAUCUCUAUGAUUGACGCUGCUCGCUCUGAUGGGUGUGAUAUCUCCCUCGACACCUACCCUUAUCUCCCAGGCUGUACAACGCUUGCUGCAUUGUUACCUAGCUGGGCAAGUUCGGGAGGACCGGCGGAGACAUUGAAAAGGCUGCGGGAUGAAAUUUCAAGAGAGAAGAUCAGGAGAGCAGUGGAGGACACUGGGUGCGAUGGCGGACAUGGCAUACCGACCAACUGGGAUGAAAUUCAGAUCGGCUCAACCACUCAUCCUGACCUUGCAUCAUACUCUGGACGCCGCGUCUCUGAAGUUGCACGUUCACUGAAAGUGCCAUCCAUCAAGGUUUUCUUUGAUGUCCUGAUCAAAGACAAGCUCGCUACAAGUUGUAUCAUGCAUAUCGGCAACGAGGAAAAUGUGAGAGAAAUCAUGUGCCAUGAGACGCAUUGCUCUGGUAGUGAUGCUAUUCUGCAUGGGAAAACGUUACAUCCUAGGGCAUACGGAACGUUCCCCCGCUUCUUGGGACAUUACGCUCGUGACCUAGGUAUCAUGCCCCUCCCAGCCAUGGUCGCCCAUCUUACCUCUCGUCCCGCUAAGCGACUAGGCGUUUAUCCCUCCCGAGGCCUCAUCGCCGAAGGUUCAGUAGCCGAUAUCGUGGUUUUUGAUCCUGAAGCCAUUAGGGAUAAGGCCACGUAUGAGAAGCCGAAGCAGAAGGCUGAGGGAAUUAGAUUCGUGCUCGUGAAUGGAGAGGUUGCGGUAGAUGAGACACGCUUGACGGGGAUGAGAGGAGGUAAGGUGCUCAGGCGAAGGGAAGGUGGGAAAGUGUGGUAGAGAUCUUCUUGGGCACUGCCCUUGAGAGUUAUCUUACACCGAUAUAAGAUAUACUGUUGUUUCUUGGCUUGUUUUGCGAAUAAAACAUUUUGAGAAAACUAAAAUAGGUUGUAAUUAUGCAUAAGUAUC